AUGGCUAGAUACACAAACAUGGGCAAAAAACGCUUUUUGCAAGCGACUCCAUACGAGUAUAAACCCGUUGAAUUACCUAAAGGUGCUUCUGGCGAUGGAAGACCUAAGUUCAGUGAAUACCAAAAGAAGAAGCGUUCUGAACACAGACGUGUGAGAAGACAAGUUAAGAGACAGACAGACAAGUUUUGCUUUGGAUGUAGAAAGCAAGGCCAUAUUCUUCAAGAUUGUCCAGAAAGUGGAAAUUCUAAGGCUAUUUGUUUUCGCUGUGGAAGCACAGAACACACGUUGAGUUCUUGUGCUAAGAAGGGACCUCUAGAGUUUGCGACAUGUUUCAUCUGCAAGGCGAAGGGCCAUCUCGCUUCGAAAUGUCCAGACAAUCCUAAAGGUUUGUAUCCAAGGGGAGGCGGAUGCAAACUUUGCUCUUCUGUGCACCACUUUGCCAAAGACUGUGACAAGAUCACUCGUGAGGACGUUAUUCGAGGACGUGUUGCCUCUUCUGUCGGCGCUAUUGGACCUGAUGAAGAUGGUUUUCACGAGUACUCACGGAUUGUUUCUGCCACUGCUCAGAAAAAGGCUGCUAAGGCUCCUGCUAAAAAGGUUGUUUCAUUCUAA